AUGUCUUCACCAUCGCCAUCUCACCAAGCCCGCAUUCUCAGCCGAAAUAAUCUCAUCACGAAUACGUCUGGCAUCGCCCCGGGCUAUCUGCAAGCCAAUCUUUUAAUUCUCCCCUCUAAACACGCUCGAGACUUCCAUGACCUGUGUCGUCGCAAUCCCGUCGCUUGUCCCCUUCUCGGCCACACCACUACCCCAGGAAAUCCACACCUCAUCGAACCACCUUCAUGCAUCCAAAACCCUGACUUCGAUAUCCGGACCGACUUCCCCAAAUAUCGCGUUUAUCAGGGCGGCAAGUACCUCGUCACCCGUGACGACCUGCUCGAUAUCUGGCGCGAUGACUACGUCGGCUUCCUCAUCGGCUGUUCGUUCUCGUUCGAGGACGCUCUCACGUCGGCGGGUCUGCAGCCAAGACACCAGAAGACCGGCCGAAUCGUAGCCAUGUAUAGAAGUAAUAUCUCGCUUUUGCCGGCGGGAGUUUUCACGGGCGGGUCGUGCAUCGUGUCCAUGAGGCCGUACCGAUCAGAGGAUAUCGAGGCUGUCAGGGACGUAACGAGACCGUAUCUCGCGACGCAUGGAGAACCUGUGGCCUGGGGAUGGGAGGCGGUGCAAAAGUUGGGAAUACAAGAUAUUAAUCUGCCUGAUUUUGGUGAGCCGCAGGUUUUUGUGGACGGCGAGGUUCCAGUCUUCUGGGCUUGUGGGGUGACUCCACAAAUGGCAGUGGAAACUGCAGGGAGCAAGAUCGAGGAUUUGGUCUUCGCUCACGAGCCCGGACAUAUGUUGGUGACUGAUUUGACUGUGGACGAUUUGCAAAGAUUGUGA